UAUCAGCUAGUCACGAUCUCUUCCGGGUCGACGAAGUAACCGACUGUUGCGAGCUAGCGGCCUGCAUCGCGAAAAAAAACGUCUAAAGACAAAAUUAGGAAGCCGAACCCUUCAAAAUUACAGGACAUUCCGGUUUGUCGUUCUGUGACCACAUGACAUAGCGAUGCCGAGCCUAAGCUGUCGAUUUUAUCAGCAUCGGUUCCCAGAGGUGGAAGAUGUUGUGAUGGUGAACGUGAGGUCCAUUGCUGAGAUGGGUGCAUACGUCAGCCUUCUAGAAUAUAACAACAUUGAGGGCAUGAUCCUCCUGAGUGAGCUGUCACGUCGACGUAUCCGCUCCAUCAACAAGCUCAUCCGCAUUGGCCGCAAUGAAUGUGUGGUGGUCAUCCGAGUAGACAAAGAGAAGGGAUACAUUGAUUUAUCAAAAAGAAGAGUUUCACCUGAGGAGGCCAUCAAGUGUGAGGAUAAAUUCACCAAAUCUAAAACUGUUUACAGCAUUCUGCGGCACGUGGCGGAGGUGCUGGAAUACACUAAGGAUGAACAGCUGGAGAGCCUGUUCCAGCGCACUGCCUGGGUCUUUGAUGAGAAGUACAAACGGCCAGGAUAUGGAGCUUAUGAUGUCUUCAAACAGGCCGUAUCAGAUCCCUCCAUCCUCGAUGGAUUGGAGCUGACGGAGGAGGAAAGGAAUGUGCUUAUUGACAACAUCAACAGGCGACUCACUCCACAGGCUGUCAAAAUCAGAGCAGACAUUGAAGUGGCGUGCUACGGGUAUGAGGGGAUUGAUGCGGUGAAGGAAGCUCUGAGGGCUGGGCUGAACUGCUCCACAGAGGCCAUGCCUAUCAAGAUAAAUCUGAUUGCCCCUCCACGCUAUGUGAUGACCACGACCACCCUGGAGCGCACAGAGGGCCUGUCCAUCCUCAGCCAGGCCAUGGCUGCUAUCAAGGAGAGGAUCGAGGAGAAGAGAGGUGUCUUCAACAUCCAGAUGGAGCCCAAGGUAGUGACAGACACCGAUGAGACAGAACUGGCCAGGCAGCUUGAGAGGCUAGAGCGAGAGAACGCUGAGGUGGACGGAGAUGAUGACGCCGAAGAGAUGGAGGCCAAAGCAGAGGACUAGCUUCUCCCAGAGGAAGCUGGUGGGAAGUACACCAGAGAAGAAAAGGUGGACAUAACCUGGCCAUACUCAAAACAGUCCAGCUGAUGUUAACUAUCACAUUGCAAACAUUAACUGAAAUACUCAUUGGUGAAGGUCCCAAUCUGUUAAUAACAAGGUUUGUUUCGGAAGAUGGUAACGCACAAGGCCAUGCUCUUACCCAGACAAGGGACAAAAUGAAACUUGAUUGCAAAUUAUGUCAACAUCGUUUCUAUUUUAAAGUAUAGUAAUUUGAAUAACUGAUCCCCUUGAUAGAUAUUGAGCUGUUUACAAGCAGUGGCCUUCACUAUCCUCUUGCUAAAGAGUUCAGUGUUUCCAGUAUCCAUGGCGCUCCAACUCCGGCUGAUCACAGGAUGUGCUUGGUAAAAGGGGAAAGCUUACGGCUCGUCUUUCUCAACAUCAGUCAUGGGUUACUUUUUGUGUUGUUCCUCUUCCAGUCAAAGGGAUUUCAUGGGCAGGACUUUAACCUUGUUUAAGCUCACAUGACAUCAAUAAAGUUCUGGAAGUUU